AUGCCAAUCAGUUGUUCUGUGUGUCAAGAUUUCAUUAAUGACAAAUACAUAUAUAAAAUCGACGAUAAAAUAUGUCACCAGAGUUGUUUGAAAUGUUCUCAUUGCGACUCGGAACUUGAUAACGAGAUAACAUGUUACGUCAAAGAAAACCAAUUAUAUUGCAAAUUAGACUAUAUGAAAUAUUUCUCAUCAAAGUGCGCAAAAUGCUUCCAAGGUCUACAAGCUAACGAUUGGGUCAGAAGGGCAAAGAACUACAUAUACCAUUUGGCUUGCUUUGUGUGCGACAUAUGUAAGCGACAAUUAUCAACAGGGGAGGAGUUUAUAAUGUGGGAAGAUCAAGUUAUUUGCAAAAACCAUUAUUCUGAACCAGAGGAUGAUUUAGAAACUUAUGAAGACUCAUCAGAUUCCGAAACUAGACACCUUUCCCACAAAUCCAAAAGAGUGCGUACAACCUUUACAGAAGAACAGAUCAGGAUAUUGCAAGCCAAUUUCAUGAUUGACUGUAAUCCGGAUGGCGGAGAUUUAGAACGUAUUUCCCAAUUCACCGGAUUAAGCAAAAGAGUUGUGCAAGUGUGGUUCCAAAAUUCGAGGGCGAGGCAGAAAAAGUAUAUCAAACCAUUGGAUACAUAUAUGGGUUACCCUUGCUUAUAUCCUCAAUAUUACAGGCUUUCCAACUUUGAACCCAACUCAUCGGAUACUUAUGCCAGCAAUAUUAUAGAAUACAAAUGCAAAAAAACAGAUGAUGUUCUCAGUAAUAGCGAUCAUUGUGAAAACUCUUGCCAUACCCCAGAUUCAGACAUACAAGAAAAUGUUAUUAGCCCUUAA